AGUGAAGUGAACGGCGAACGCGCUCCAGCCACUUGUCCACCUGUCUGAGGACAGCCACUAAGUGCCAAGCGCAGCAGCACAGUAAGUCGAGGCGGCAGCCACAAAGAUCCAGGCAGCGUUCCGUGGCCACAAAGUGCGCAGAGAGAUGAAGCAAGGGGACGGCGUUACCGGUGCGGAGGGCCAGCAGAAGCAGGACGCCCAGCAGACGGAGCGGGAACCGACCAAGGAGGAGCUGGAGGCCGAGUUCGACCCGAACGACCAAGAGCUGACUCACGCCGCGACCCGUAUACAGGCCAGCUUCCGUGGUCACAUGGCCAGAAAGACGGCCACGAAGGGCGAGGACGAGAAGAAGGAGGUCGACAUUGAUGAAAUUACCAAAAAGGUGGCCGAAGAGCUGGACAUCGACAUGGACGAUCCGGAGCUGCACAAAGCGGCCAGCAAAAUUCAGGCCUCCUUCCGCGGGCACAAGGUGCGCAAGGAUGUACCGAAGGAGGGCGAAAACUAAGCCGCUCUGUUUGUGGGCGGCGCGUUGUUGUGUGCUUGGUGCGUAACCGUAGCAGCGCGCAGCGAGUGGCAUUGGUGGUGGCGGUGGUGGUGGUGGUGGUCGUACUCCGGCGGCGGUGGCGACGACGACGACGAUAUCCUCCCAUUUAUCCCCAUGUGUUUGGUAAACGAGUAAAUAUCACAAAUUUGUGGAAAUUUAAUGAUAAACAGUAAUACUGAAUAAAGCAAAAGGCGCGCGCCCAAUACAAUUUUACGGACGGACGGAAGUUGCACUUGUUAUGAUUUUAUAAAUUUUAUCGAUUUCGAUCGAAUCGAAUAUAUUACACACAGAGGAAAAGAAAAAAAACAGUAACUUAGAAAUCAAUCCUACUGAAGAACAUACACAGAUGCAGAAUACAACAAAAGCAGUUGAAAACAAAACCACGCAACUAGAGCGGCUCCUCUAAAUGAACGUAAUGUGUGAAUUUCUAGUAAUUAUAUCACGCGACACAGGGCCAGAAAGAAGGUAGCCAUCAAUUAAAAAAUUGUGGCACAAGGAAACGAACACGUUAAAAAAACAAACACACGGAGAACAGAAAACGGAAUGGAAAAGGAAAAGCGAAAAUAAAACAAGUCAAACAAAAACUUCAAAUACAGCAACACAGAGAGAGAGAGAGAAGAUAAUGAAAUGAAACAAUUAGCAUCACAAAACACAGCAAUUCUUACUCUUUAAGCGUAAUAAUGCAAAACAAAAACAAACAAACAAACACACACAUUAGAAAGAUGAUAUAAAUACUAAAAUACCCAAAUUUCACAGCGGUAAGCCAUUUCUAUUCAAUAAUAAAAAUCUAAACAAAAAACCAAGGCAAAGGCAACAAGCUCCCAGCAUAAGCAACUAAAUUAAUAGUUUAGCGCUCGUAAAUGGUACGUAAAUUUCUCGAUCACUCUCUCCCACCCCUCCGGGGGUUUGUGUUUUUCCGGUUUUCGGUUACAUUGCCUACAACGCUUCGGAAUGAGCGAGCGAGCCCUGCGGAAGCUGUGUGAACUCCGUUUGAAGGACAGGAUUGUACUUUUAGUCUGGCCGGGCCGUUUUAAGAGAGGGAUAAUGAGGGCGCGAGGGGAGUGGGGAAGGUUCCUUCCUAGGCGACUCUAUACACCUUUUUUCCAUUUGGACUUUGGCGUUUGAUAGUUGUAUCGGCAAUCGAAACCGAAGUAGAGCAUUUGCGGACAUGAAAGACAGACACGGGGCACAGGGGGGACUGCAUUUAGUCAUCAGUAUCGGUGAAGCCCUAGAAAACAGGGACAUUACACGUUACACACACACAAACGAACACGCAAACACCUCCCUUGAAAUGUCCCUCCUCCGUUGAUACGCGCGCAUUAGCUUCGAGGACUUACGGCGCACGCGAGCGCACCCCGGUAGUUGAAGAGACGAACGCGAACGGAGUUACACUUGUCACCGCCAUGAAUGUAAUACUGUCGUCAAUAGGCAAAAUAAAUGCAUAACUACAUUGAGCUUUAAAAUCCCA